AUGGGCGACGACGCGCCCAACGCCGGCACCCAGACGCACUACCUGAACAAGGAGGAGGAGUUCAGGGUCGAGGUCAAGAUCGGCACCAGCGUCAAGGUCACCCUCACCGACGGCACCGCCGAGAUCUUCGGCGCGGAGCUCCCGAAGGGCACCCCCGUGACGCUGCCGGGCGGCAAACACGCCGUCUUCUCGUGGCACGGCGCCACGAUCGACGUGCUCGGCGCCACCGAGCUCGAGUACGUCGCGAGGGACACGCCGAUGACGCAGUACCUCAACCUCGACGGCGUCCUCGAGGAGAGGCGCAAGGCGGCCGCCGCCGCGGGCGCCGCGGGCGACGACGGCUUCGCCUCUGACGGCCCGCGAGUCGCGCUCGUCGGACCAACCGACGUGGGAAAAUCCUCCAUCGCGAAGAUCUUGACCAACUACGCCGUUCGCAAGCAGUGGGCGCCGCUGUUCGUGGACCUGGACCUCGGCCAGGGCGGGAUCACGUGCCCCGCCACGAUCGGCGCCGUGCCCGUGGACAGGCCGAUAGACGCCGAGGAGGGGGUGCCGCUCGAGAUGCCGCUGGUGUAUUUCGCCGGUGACACGAGCCCGGGGAACAAUCCGGACCUGUACAGGUACCUGGUGGAGAGGAUGGCGGCGAUGCUGGACGCUCGGCACGCGUCCAACCCCGCCGCGAGAGCCGCGGGCGUGGUGAUCAACACCAUGGGGUGGGUCGAGGGGCAAGGGUACAAGCUGCUGCUGCACGCUCUCGACGCGCUGAAGGUGGACAACGUCGUCGUCGUCGGCCAGGAGCGUCUGCACUCGGAGCUGACGCGGGAUUUCCGGGGCAAAAGGGUCGGAGGGGACGUGCCGGGCGAGGGAACGCCCGUGAGGGUCUGGAAGCUCAACAAGUCCGGCGGCGUGGUGGAGAGGUCUCCGGAGUUUCGCCGGAGGUGCAGGGACCAGAAGAUUCGCGAGUACUUCUACGGAGCCCCGGGCGCCGAGCUGCAGCCGCACUCGCAGACGCUGCCCUUCGGCCAGGUGUCCAUCUUCAAAGUCGGCGGAGGACCGAGAGCCCCCGCGACGGCGCUUCCCAUCGGCCAGCAGAGCAGCAGCGACCCGCUGAGGGUCACCACCGUGGCGCCGUCCAUGUCGCUUCUCAACUCGGUGCUCGCGGUUUCGCACGGCAGGAGCAACGCCGACUUGCUGUCUUCCAACGUCGCGGGUUUCAUCUUCGUCACGGAGGUUGACAUGCGGAACGGGCGGUUCACGUUCGUGUCGCCGAGCGCGGGGGAGCUGCCGUCGAGGAACCUGCUCGCGGGAUCGCUCAAGUGGAUAGAGAUGCCGUGAGAGGAGAGCGGCGGCAUCCGUAGAUUUUGCAUUUUCAUCGACACGCUCGUAA